GAUACGCCGAGCGCUCAACAUCCGAGGACUUCGGCCCAGAGUAACCCCGCUCGCGUGACCUUUAGCCUCCAUUCCUCCUCCUCCCGCGGCCUGCCCCGCGAGUCCAAGGUGGUUGGACGCUCGCUCCGGUCCCUCCUUCCCACCUCCUUCCCAGGCUUCGGCUCACCCCCCUCGCGUCCCCUCCGCGCGACUCCUCGUCAUGGCGGCUCUCAGCAAGUCCAUCCCUCAUAACUGCUACGAGAUCGGCCACACUUGGCACCCUUCCUGCGGGGUCUCCUUCGUGCAGAUCACCGGGGGCGCCCUGGAGGAGUCCCUGAAGAUCUAUGCCCCUCUGUACUUGAUUGCUGCAAUUCUCCGGAAGCGAAAAUUAGACUAUUAUUUAUACAAACUACUCCCUGAGAUCCUACAGUCAGCUUCAUUUCUGACUGCCAAUGGGGCCUUGUACAUGGCUUUCUUUUGCAUUUUAAGGAGAGGGCUGCUCACAAUUUAUAUGGCCAACUUGGCCACAGAAACACUAUUUAGAAUGGGUGUAGCAAGAGGAACCAUCACAACAUUAAGAAAUGGAGAAGUCCUUUUGUUCUGCAUCACAGCUGCCAUGUACAUGUUCUUUUUCAGGUGUAAAGAUGGUUUGAAAGGAUUUACAUUCUCUGCACUUAGGUUCAUUGUAGGGAAGGAAGAAAUUCCCACACAUUCUUAUUCACCAGAGACAGCAUAUGCAAAAGUGGAACAAAAGAUAGAGAAACAGGAGGAAAAACCAAGAAGAAUGAAUAUAAUUGCUCUAGUCAGAAGACUUGUGGAUUCAAUAUGUAAGCAUGGACCAAGGCAUAGAUGUUGCAAACACUAUGAAGAUAACUGCAUCUCUUAUUGCAUUAAAGGUUUCAUCAGAAUGUUUAGCGUGGGAUACUUGAUCCAGUGCUGCCUCCGAAUCCCCUCUGCAUUUAGGCAUCUGUUUACACAGCCAUCCCGGCUGCUUUCCCUCUUCUACAAUAAAGAAAACUUCCAGCUCGGAGCUUUUCUGGGCUCUUUUGUUAGUAUAUACAAGGGGACUAGUUGCUUCCUGCGCUGGGUCAGAAACCUGGAUGAUGAACUGCAUGCUAUUAUAGCUGGAUUUUUGGCAGGAGUAUCAAUGAUGUUUUAUAAAAGCACAACAAUUUCCAUGUAUUUAGCUUCCAAAUUGGUGGAGACUAUGUAUUUUAAAGGCAUUGAAGCAGGAAAAGUUCCCUAUUUUCCCCAUGCAGACACUAUCAUCUAUUCCAUCUCUACAGCAAUUUGCUUCCAGGCAGCUGUCAUGGAAGUUCAGACCUUACGACCAUCUUACUGGAAGUUCCUUUUAAGGCUCACCAAGGGCAAAUUUGCUGUCAUGAACCGAAAAGUCCUUGAUGUUUUUGGUACUGGUGCAUCUAAACACUUUCAGGAUUUUAUCCCUAGGUUGGAUCCAAGAUAUACAACUGUAACACCAGAGUUGCCCAUUGAGUUUUCUUGAAGAUGACUGUAAUUUAUUAAUGUUUCUUAAUGUUUCAUUAUUUUAUCCUGAAGAGUUAAUUAUGUUGAACACAAAGAAGGGGGCCCGAGCUUGAACUUCAGUGUUAUUUCAAUGAGAGAUACUCUUUUUUUGUUUGUUUUUCUUACCAAUCCGAAAUACAGAAGCUUUCUAGGAAGGUGUUGCUUAAUAAUUAAGCUCCCUCUGUAGCCAGAAUCUGAUUCUAUACUGAUUCUAUAUCACUGUAGUGGUUGACAUUAUGAUAUAUUAUUGAUUAAAUUAUGUCCACAAGCAAUAUUAAAUAAUCUAUGUAAAAAAUAAGAGUAUACUUAAAAUUACUUUAAAAGAUGUUUUAGUUCAUUCCAAUAUAAUUCUUGGUUAAAACUAAGAAUAUUUCUACAUUUUAGGAUACAAAAAGGAUCACGGGUACAUGGAUUUGGUCUGUAUUUUUUUUUAACUUUGGAAUUGGUAACCUUAGUAGUGACAUGUUAUGCAUAUGAAGUAACUCUUCACAGACAUGCUGCUUUAGUAGAGAGCGAUGUAAUUGUAGAAAGCGGCCAUUCUUACUUCAGGGAUGCAAAGGCGGGUUUCAUACUGUUUGCAUAAAUGCCGUGGUAGCCAUGCUCUUCUUCCACUGACACCAUCAUCUCUAUCAUGAUCCACUGGACCACGUGGCAGCCCAGUGAACCUGUGCACUAAUGGCAGGUUAGGUACAAAUGGAAAUAGACAUAUCUGAUAAAGUUGAAAUGUAUGUUUUAAUCUUUUACAGAAGCGUUACACUUGAAUAUUUAAAAGCAAAUGAAGUUACUUUUAAACCUCCUGUAGCUUUAUGAUGUUUGUUUUCAUUUGUAAGGACUGGGUUUUUCAUAGCUAAGUUUGUAUGCCAUUACUGAUUUAGAAGGGAUCAAAAUUCUACGGAACAAAAGUAGUUUGGGCAGGUUUGGCAGUUUGUUUCCUCCCAACUGUUUCACCUAUACAAUGGAUGCUUUACAACUAAAAACCAUGUAAAAAUCUGGUAGUUGUUAAAAAAUCCAUUACAUCACUAAAUGGAUUCAGGUUCAUCUAGGCUCUUUUCAAAAAAAAAAUCAUUGUGACCAUUUUUACUCCUAUUAGAAGAAAGUAGUGAUGAAAUAUAGUCACUACUGAUUAUGAGUUAGUUCAGGACAGCUGUGAUGGAAAUAUGAUCACUCUUUAGAAUUUUUCAGGGAAAAGUCACACUUUUCUAAGUUAAUCAAAGGCUUAAGUGGCUGUGAUGUCUACAGUUAAUGUUACAUGUAGUGAUGAUGGUAUAUUUUUUAAUAGUUUUAUGGCUGAAAAGUUUUUGGCCAUUGUAAGUUAAUUACGCAGUAGAACUUGUGCUGCAACAAGAAUUAUAACCCAGACUUUGGAAAUGCUUAAUCCUCCAUCUUCAAUUUCAUCAAGCCUUGUAUACUUAUGUUUACAUGUAAUACUAUCCUUGGUUGUUAUGGAAAUUUCAAACCCAACAAAAAGACGGACUCUGGUACCGUGGUAAUAGAGAGAACCACUUUAAUUUGGUCAAAAUUUUGCAUUGUGAUUAACUUUUUAGAAUUGACUUGUCUAUUAGGCAGUAUUGUUAAAGGAUCAUUUUGGUUUCAGACUUCAAAAUUGAUGAAUAAAUCACAUUUUAAGUUUUUAUUCACUGGAAUCAAAAUGAGAAUUUGUACUUUGUUUACUUUUAAAAAUGAAGUGUGACAGCAGUGUAGAAAGCACUGCUACCCGCACCUCAUUUUCUCUAUUUAGAAAAUUAUGUUUAUAGCGUUUUCCUGUCAGGUAAAAAGAAAAAACACUUAAUCCAUAAGUUAUUGUUUUCAUUGACAUUAAGACUAUGAUAUUGAGAGACAAAUUCUACUGAAAUUUGAUGAGAUUGGUAAAAUUUUACUGGUUAAAAUGUGCAUUUCUAUGAUUUACCUUUAUAUUUCUUUAUUUUACAAACUACAGUCAUCAAUUUUUUUAAAAUAUGAAAUGUAAAAAUAACCAUCAUGAAGCAGAAUACAAUGAAUGUAUAUAUAAGCUAUACAAUGAAUGUAUAGCUUGAAUGAAUAGAUGACUAAUUUGCAGUGGUGAAUUGAGAAGUCCAAUUUGAUUUCAUUGGGACAGAUUGCAAGUGUAGUUGUUUGAGCAAACACAAAGAAACCGUGUUUGUUUGCGUUCUCGAAGACAAUCAUAAUGAUUAUCUCUCUACCUCUAAGUAAUCAGGUAUUGAUUGACAACUUGGCAUCAUAAAUAAAGUCAAAUAGAUGUCUCCAUUCCAAAACAUGUUUUUAGUCCAUUUAUGCUCUGAAGAAAUCCCGCCUAUGGUAAGUUUCCACCCGAACUGAUUGUAUUAAACAUUAACAUGCCCCCCCUUGGUUCUUCUUACAUCUUUACUGGAAAAUAGUGCAUUGGGGUUAUUAGUAGUAGUAUGGUUGUUUCAUUGCUAUUUCCUGUAUUAAUAAAAUCCUAGAGUUAGUACCAACCAAGUAAAGACUGAAGUUGCAAGACAACAAAUUGUCUCAAAUCAGUUGGAUUCUUACCAGUUUUUUAUCAGAGCACUUUAGUCCAUUUUAUUACUCAUUCUGAAAUAAAACUUUUGAUUCAGUUAUAUUUUUCACAAAUUCUAUGGUUACUUCUGUAACUUUUUUCUUGAUCUAUUGUUGUCACUCACUUGAUACCUGGUUUAUUUUUUGCCUUCAUUUGCUGUUUAAUCAGUUAUUUAAUUUAGAAUUUUAUCUUUUUAUUUUUUGUUGUCAGAUUUUAUAAUUUCCUUUUUUCUAGAAUGAACAUCUUUUGUGAUGAAACCUAAAUUGGUCAGUUGUCACACAGCAUUUUCUUGUUGAGCUUGAGUAUUUGUCUCCUGCGGUUUGUGUCUAGGCUAACAUUUGAUUUAGUUGUUAAAGCUGACAAAAUUGCUUCUGUUUGUAUUGUCACAUCCCUGAGUUUCUGAGCCCUCUGCCAAUACAUAGUUAGUGGGAAUUAAUUUCCUUUACUCUCAAGGAGCUCCAUCCAUUUGCUUGUCACAUCCUCCUCAAGGUGGUGGUCAGAAGCCCCCCUGCAGGGCCAGAGGGGAUGCACCCCCUGGGAGCAGAGCCCUGCUGCCCUCGAAUCUGAGAAGCCACCAAGUCCACAGCAUCCUUGAAUUCUCUCUGUGGUUUGUUUUUAUUUGUAUAAGUAGAAAGUAGUUUGACAGAGGAACAAAAUCAUUUUUACGCAGAUGGUGUUUUGCUCCACAAAGACAAGUGUCCCUUUCUGAAUUGUGACCCUGCUAAGAUAUCUGAUCAACUUUAUCUCCCCAACACCUUGACCUAUUGCUACUUAUCUCCUCAAUAUUCACUUUCAGGUAGAGAAUUUUUGUAACUGAAAAUGAGUGACCAGAAAAAAACAUUAGAAAAAUGAAUAAGAAAUGAAUAUUUUUGUAGGGCUUGGCAGAAACUGCGAUGAGUAGAAAGGUUUGCUUGAUCAUGAACGCCUAGGAGAUUGCCCUUACAAUUGCAUUCACACUGUGCCUUCCUUUUUAUAGCCUUUUUCUGUUGGUGAAUCCUUCUUGUGGAAUUAGCGGAAGGGAGUGUCAGGGCCUGAGGUGACCCUGAGAUCAGAGGGGCGCACUUGGAUCCUGGGGCUGUGUGGUACUUCCCUCAAGAUAGGAUAUGGGGACCUCAGGGUUGAGGCUGUGUUUCUUUUUCAAGCUGUACCCUCAGGUACCUUUGUAAUAGCUCUGUGGUGUGAAAAGGGUAACUCACUACAAAGCAUAACAUUCUAAUUGUGUCAGAAGACCCCAGGCUAUAGGCCAUAGGAUGGGCCCUGCUCUUGUCACACAACAUGCCAGCCUCAACAUCCCUCCAUGGCUGGGAGGUCCAGGCUUCCACAGGUGGACCUGGGCACCUGCAUUGGCUGAAGUCACCCAAUACUGUUACUUUCCUCUAUCCCUUCAUUUGGACCAGACAAUUUCUGAGGCCUAUUUCCUCAAUAUCUAGUAAACUUUUCUUAGUCAUCAGUCAGUCCCUUAAGUAAAUUUUCUUUUCAGAUUAUUUUGGUCACACAAGAGGACCCUGUGGCUAUAGAGAGGGAUUGGUGCCAGAGGUCUAAAAAGGUUUACAGCAUGAGGUAAUCCUGUUGCUGGUCAUUGUGGGAUAAGAUACCAAAAGGAAUAGGUGAGAAGGGACUAUAAACACAUUUCAAGUCUAACUUCUUCCCUCCUAUUUCUUUCUUUACCUCCCCAUCCCUGUGUUUUCCUACCAUACCACAUCUUUGCUGUUUAUUUCUUCAGUGUGAGUUCUCCAGGGAGGGGGCGGGGGAAGCUUAUUUUCUUGUUUGCUUCAGGGAAAACUGGAGGUGAAACAUAAGCAUCUUGGUCAGGUAAGAGCCGGAAGGAAAGUUGUUGAAUCUGUAAGACAAAGAGGUAACAUCUCUUUUUCUCCUUUCUCCUCAGAAGUGAGCCAAGAGGGAUGGAUUCAUUCAAAGUGGGGAUAUUUAGAGUCAUGUCCCAGGGACAUAUGGGACAACUGUACACUCUCAAACUUCGCAUGGUGAAGGUACACAGUCUGUAAAGGGGUCCCUGGACAUAUCCAAAGCUGCACCUCCCUGAGGAGCAUCACCGGAAGCUUAACAUUGUGGAGGAGAAAUAAACUUCACUGUAAAUAACUCAGCCAGUCACUAAACAAACAAACAGAGAGCAGGGAUGGAGUGACUGUCAUCUGGAUGCCUCUGGAGCCCCCUGGUCUGCACUCCAGGUUGUCUCAUUGCAGCUUGCUCCGCUGCCCAUCUUAGCAGCUCACCCUCUUGCUUUGAGAAAAGGCUACUCCUGGUGUGCUCCCUUGAGGAAAUGGAGGUAGAAAUAAAAAUGCCUUCAUGGCUCCAGGAAAGGAAGGCAGACCUCUGCACAGAGAGAGAGCUGGAGAGAGAGCCAAAAAACCUUCACAGAGGUCCUGGGCCCCCGAGCUCCUAAGGAGGAUUAUGUCAGACACAUAAGGAUUCCAGUGGAAACAUCCAGUAAAACAAGUUGCUGCUCAGAGAGGAUCAGUGCUAUUUCCAAAGCCACACAGCUCUCCAGUACCAGAGCUGGAAUUCCAACCCAUUGUGGUCUGACAUAAAAGUCUAAGCUCUUUUUACCACUCAGGGACGUAUGGAAUUGCUUUGUGUCUCCUAUUCAUCAUCAAUAAAAUAUGUGUGCUUGA